AUGGCAAUAUUUCCUCCAGAAAAAACAGCUGCUUUCAUGUUCAUGUUGCUGCUAUUUAACCUUGCAUGCAAUGCUCAACUUAUCUCUACAUUUUACGAUAAUUCAUGUCCAAAUGCUCUUAGUACAGUCCGGACUUCCAUUAGGAGUUCAAUUGCUCGAGAGCGAAGAAUGGCUGCAUCUCUCAUUCGUCUUCACUUUCAUGACUGAUUUGUUCAGGGUUGUGAUGCCUCAAUCUUACUCAAAGAGACUUCCUCUAUCCAGCGUGAAAGAACUGCUUUGCCAAAUUUUGAGUCUGCUAGAGGUUAUGAAGUAAUCGACAAAGCAAAAUCUGAAGCAGAGAAAAUAUGCCCUGGUGUUGUUUCUUGUGCUGAUAUUCUUGCUGUAGCUGCAAGAGAUGCAUCUGCAUAUGUGGGUGGUCCAUCUUGGACAGUACUGCUUGGCAGAAGAGAUUCAACAACUGCAAGCAGAAGUCUGGCCAAUAGCGAACUUCCUAGUUUUAAAGAUGGUCUUGACAGCCUUAUAUCUCGCUUUCAGGGCAAAGGUCUUAGUGUCAGGGAUAUGGUUGCUCUAUCAGGUUCUCACACUAUAGGUCAAGCGCAAUGCUUUACAUUUCGUGACAGGAUUUACAACAAUGGCACGAACAUCGAUGCAGGAUUUGCUAGCACUCGCCGCCGUACUUGUCCAACUAUUGGCGGCGAUGCAAGAUUGGCUCCACUUGAUUUGGUUACACCUAAUUCUUUUGACAAUAAUUAUUUCAAGAAUUUGAUACAAAGGAAAGGUCUUCUUGAAUCAGAUCAAGUACUUUUUAGUGGAGGUUCCACUGAUAGUAUUGUUUCGGAAUAUAGUAGAAAUCGUGCAACUUUUAGCUCUGAUUUCGCUUCUGCUAUGAUCAAAAUGGGAAAUAUUGAUCCUCUAACUGGAAAUGCUGGACAGAUAAGGAGGAUUUGCGGCGCUGUCAACUAGCUCUUGCAGUUCAUACUCCCAUGGGUUAAUUCCCUUUUUUCCUAUUUAAUUUGUAAUUUUGUUUGGUUGUUUCACAAUUUGUCAUUCUUUAGACCUUCCAUCAAGUGUAAAGCAAAAAUGUCUUACUCGUUUAUUCAUUA